UCUUAUAAGGAAGUUAGCGCGAUGUAAACAUUAAAAGUCAGACAAGCUUGAAGUAUUUAUUUGUUGUGUAAGUCUAAACAUUAUGGGUGACGUUAUGAUUCCAAACUUUAAGCUGCAAAGGAUAACAGAGAGAUUGAAGGGUUUGUCCUCCGUAAAAUGAUCAUCCUAAUUUCUGUGUUGGUGUUAUUGCUUGAAUUGAGCCCAGUGAUUUCACAAGUUCCAGAACCACCAAAAGAAUCACCAAAAGAAUCGUUGUAUUUAAAGCCUUGUAUUGUGCUAGAGGGAGUCUGCUAUAGAUGUCUCUUUUCUACAAUAGAUUUCUCCGAAUAUGAGGAUAAAUGUUAUGACCCGUACAGGGACAUCGCUAAAUUCAACUCAUCUAACGUCUUAGAGCAAGUCACAGAGAGAUGUACCGGAAAAUACGGAACGCUUAGGUGGGUAGCGGCAAGGAAGUUGAAAGACACUCGUGAAUUUGUGUGGCUGGCAGAUAACAGUCCAAUAGAAAAAGAGUUCUGGGCUCCAAUGUUUCCACUGGACAGCAAUGGUGACUGCGUAGCAUUAGACGUCAAGGAGAUGAAGCUCAAAAAUAUUUAUUGUAGAUACACUUUUCCGUAUAUCUGUUCUUAUUCAACAAGCAGAAGAACUGUGACAAUAACCGACUCCAAACGUUCCCUUGUGCUGGGCAUCGUUGUGGCCAUGUUAACUUUCUGUUUGAUCUGUACUUCAAUCCUCGGGACAACGCUCUACUACACGGCCCAAAGGAAAGCCAAGAAAAGGAAAGCCAGGAAGAGAUACACGAGAACUAACGAGAAGCCAGCAGGGAACAAAACACCCAAAACAAUGCACAGAAAAUCACAGGAACAACGUCAGUGGGAAACCAAUUUAAAAGUUGUCCGGGCCCAACUUAUACAAGCCAAUAAGGAACAGAAAAAAAAAUUCAAUAAAGUUCUUUUAAGUAAACAGGGAAGGAAACCGCACCAUCAUCCAUCAGUGAGCUCAACCGUUGUGAUGACAAUGAUGAGCCAAAGAAGCUAUAAGGAAUUAUGUGAGAGAAGAAGCAACGAGAACCAAGUUUCUAAUUCAAUCACUAUCCAGAUGACAAAUGAGACAGAUAAAGAGGACCAUAAAUUUGUGCCAGGCUCUUCAAUCAAAGAAGGGGCAGAAACGACCUCUCAAAAGUCACAAUUACCUUCUUCGAGAUUGAACAAAUUUAAAGUAGGCGAUAGAAGUAACGUCCAGAUGUCCAAUUUAGCUACCCAGCGUCCCAAAGAAAAGUCAAGUAAAAGUUUAAAUGACCGGAAACCCGGCAAGAGGCCGAGACGUUUAGAUGGACGUGAAACGGCACCUAGAAAAAGUGUCGAGGGCUGGAAUCUCAAAGUCAAAGAUAUAAACGCUGAUCAGGAAUCCGAAGAGCCGGGUCCAGUAUUGAACUCGCAAGCUGUAUCGUGUAUACUUUUGUAGUGAAACUAUUUGUAUCUUCAACGCAUUUCUGUAUAUUUUCAAAUUAAUAAAUAUAUUGUUAUUGUUUUCAA